CACCACCAGUCCUCAAGAUGGCGACCGCCGCAUCAGGCGCCGCAGCACUCAAGGCGCUCAAGCCGCUCGCGGCACACGCGGCGCUGCUCGGGCGCAUCGCAUACAAGAGCCACGCGCAGCACGCCGCGGCGAGGCCGUUCCGCGCCGUCGAGGCUGUGCGGACGGCACUGGCAAGGGUGCCAUCCGCCGAGACGGCAGUACGCAAGGCCAGGGCGGCGAUGCGCGAGGCCGAGGCCUCAAGCUCAGACGCGACUCGACAACGUGCCGUCGCUGCCUACCACGUCCUUCGACUUGCGCUGCUGCUCCUCGAAGUGGAGCAUCGCGCCGGCAAGGCAUUUGCGCAGCUCACAGCACACCUGCGCACGCCGCCAGCGCCGACAUUUGCGCCGCUCUUCGUCGUGCAGCUCUCGCUCUGCGCGAAAGUCGCGGCAGACACUUGCACUGUGCUGUACGGGCCGGACUCAUCCAGCGAUGAGGGCCUAUGCGGCAUGUAUGCGGCUCUGCAAGGCGCCGCGGCCGACUCGACAGCCAUCCGCGCCAUCGUGGCCCGCGCGGCCGAGAAGCCUCGCGGUGCGGCAGAGCCGAGGGACCUCAGCUGGCUGCCUUUGCGCUUGCAGCGGCCCAGUCGGCCGUCUCGCGAAGCCGAAGCAGCAGGAGCUGCGACGAACACGCCUCAGCUGGCGCAAGCGGCCUCGUCAGCGAAGCAGCCUGCGAGCCGGACAGCGCCGGCUGCGCCAGCGGCAGCGUCUGCACCGCCUGGCAUGGACGACGACGAGGAUCUAGGCGAAGCAAUCUGA